AGUAGCCUGGACUUACCCAUUUUAUUUGAAGUUACCGGCCAGCAUUGUUCUUCGCGCUCAGUUCACAUUAUUUCUACGAAUUCUUUUGUCUAGUUUUUACUAGUGUGAAACUUAUAAGAAUUUGUAAUACUUAAGCACGUGCUUCGCCUAAAAUAUAUUUUAUAAUUUUACUUAAUAAAGAAUUAAAUUUUCUUUUUUAAAAAAACUAUAAUCUGUAUAAUCUGUGAUUGCAUUACAGAGUGAAAAAUAUGGCUUAUUUUCAAUCAAAUGAAAAAACAGUAAAUUCCACCAAAGCGAAAGAGUAUAGGCUCUAUGUGGCUAAUAUACCUGUGGAACUAAACAAGGGUGGCGUUUUGCAAAUUUUUAAGCAUUAUGGAACAGUAAGUGGGCUUUUCUAUCUUCCAAAUACAACAUGGGCUUUUGUUACGUAUGGAACGUAUCGUGAAGCUGAAUGUGCUAUUAGAAAUCUUCAUGAUAAACCGCCAUUACGUCUACAAAUAUCAUUUGGUAAAAAAAUGAUAAUGGAAGAAAUAAACCAGGAGAAAAUAUAUAUUAAAGAAUCUCCAGAAAUUUAUGAAGAUAUAACGCAAGAUUAUCAAUAUGAUGAGAAAGCAUACAUAGAUAUUGUAGAAAAAGGAAACCACAAUAAUGCACUUUAUAAACGCAACUUUCUACCUAAAAUAUCUACUGAUAUGUAUCAUGCAAAUGAUGGUUUGUUAUAUCCAGUACCUACUGAUCAUUAUAUAUAUGAUCCAUAUGAGAAUGCAGAGACUGAUUAUAAAAAUACAUUAUGGGCAAGAGGCAAAAUAACAGUAACAAACGAUGGAAAAAGACAUGUUUCCUAUGGACGUGGUUAUACCUCAUAUGAAAUACCUGACACUGAAAUAUUGAUUAAAAAAAAUUAUGAUAAACGUGUUAAUGGUUUAUAUGAACAUGGACAAGAUGCUUUGAAGCAAAAGUUAGGAACAUGUGUAUGUUGUAACAGAAUAACGCCCGUGAGAUGUAGUAAAUGUUAUGCCUUCUAUUGUAGCAAAGAAUGUCAAAUAACAGAUUGGCCACGUCAUAAAAUUGAAUGUCAACAAAUACCUACACUGAUAGAGGAUGUAAAAUCUUUAUCAACGUCAAGCAGCGAAGAACAAAUUAACGUAACGAACUUGGCACAAGCUCAUAAAACAUUACGUCGUCCAAAACAAUCAAUAGAAGUUUUGUUAAAUAAAAAUGUAGAAAUUGGAAAUAACAAAUGUAUAGAAGUUAAUAAUACUGAAUCUUCCGAGAAACAAAAUGUUGAAAAUAAUUUUCAAGUUAAGAAUAUAAAUAAAAAUGAUAAGAUAGAACAUAAAGAAUACAAAUUGGAUACAACUGAAAAAGAAGUUGCAAAUAAAUGUACAAACAAAAAUAAUUUUGAUGUUACGAAAAUUGAUAAAGAUAUAGUAUUUCAAAAAGACACAUUUUUAUCAAAAGCAAGAUUCACACAAGUUAAAAUCAUAGGAUUUUCAGGAAGAAGAGAAUUUUGGGUACACAAAGUGGACCAAGACAUGAUCUUUCAAGGAAUGAUGCUUGAUUUGCAAAAUAUAGUUAAGAAAAUGCCUAAAACAGAUCCGAUUAUUGGUAAUAUAUACGGUUACAAAUUUGAAAAUCUGUGGUAUAGAACAAAGAUAAUAUCUCUCAAUCCCAUUAAGAUUUUUUACAUUGAUCAUGGCAUUACUGAAACGGUUGAAAUAAAUGAUUUUCGUGAAAUCGACGAUUUAAAGACCAUGAUACCAUUUACAAGAAAAAUUCGUUUAAAUAAAAAUACAAAAAAAAAAUAUGAAAAUUUUAAAAUAAAUCACGUAAUAUAUGUAAAGGUUAUUGGUUAUGAAGAAAAUGUGAUUAUAGUAGAUGUAAAAAAUGAAAAUGGAAAUAGUAACAAUCCAAAUGGAUCUUUCAAGUUCGAGUCACAAUCAAAUAUUAAAAGUUGUACAACAGUAACUAAGGAUAGUACUUCUAAGAUUACUUCCAAUCUUUCUUCAGACGAAGAAAGAAACAAAAACGAGGAUAAAAAAAAUAAAAAUAAAACAGUACCACAUACGUUACCAAACGUGAUUGACCUUUUAUCAGUAAAUUUAUCUGGAUUUUUGAAAGUUAAUGUAGUACUCCAAAACAAAACAUAUGGGAUUACCCUUCGACCAAGCGAUUUGAAUUGUGAUUUCAAACGAAUUGUAACAGAAUUACCUGAAAAAUGUGCUUCUGUAAAAUUAAAUCAUGAAUACAAACCAAAUAUUGGAGAGUUAAUAUGUUGUCAAGAAGAGAAUGGUGAAUGGUAUAGAGGUUAUGCAGUAACUCUCCAUCCAAUAAAACAAUUUGCAAUAUUGGAUAAGACAAAAGUAAUACCUGUUAAGAAAAUUGUACCGUAUCCUGCCGAAUUUCUUAAUAUAUGCAUAUUUGGUGUUGUCUGUGAAAUAACUACAGAUAAUUUUAAAUUAUCAACAAAUAAUCAUUAUGAAUUUAAAGUAAUAAAUUGUAAAGGUGAAGUUAGCAUUGAAAUUCAAAUAGACGACAAAAAUAAAGCAACAGGUAUUUUAAGACGAUGGGAACCAAAACCUGAACAAAGUGGCAUUCAGUUAUCUAAAUUGAAAAAUGGGUCUGAGGUUUGCAUUACUUUUUAUCACAGUCAUUAUUUAAUGUAUGUUCGCUCUCUGGAAACAGAAGAUUCAGAGAAAUUUAAUAAACUCAUGCAAAGGCUUGCAAAAUGUGCUCAAUCUGCUGAAUAUCUCAAAGAGCCUCCGGUAUUAGGGGAGAUGAUAAUGGCACAAUACAUUGAUUAUAAUUUUUAUCGUGCAAUUGUUACAAAGAUACAGGGGAAAGAAGUAAAUAUUUCUUAUAUAGAUUUUGGAAAUACUGAAAAAAUAUCAUGGAAGAAAUUACGAAUAUUACCUGAUGAUUUGAAAAUGCAUCAAUCAUGUGCUGCAAAAAUUUGUUUAAAAGAUGUACCAACUGAUAUUGUUAUGACCAAAGAAGUGACGGAUUAUCUUCUUGAUCUAACAGGUAGAGAAGUACCUUUAAAAUGUAAUUUUGAAUCCUUUAAAGAUGGUGUAUAUUUAACUAUGGCAAAUGGAGAAAGUAUUAAUGAUAAAAUAAAAAAAUUACUUGUACCAAGUUGGGAAAAAGAAAAUCAUGAAGAUAAUAGAGUUUAUCUGAUAAACGAUAUGAAUAUAGUUCCUUUGGGAGAUGUUGGUCAAACCGUUAAUGUUUUGGUCUUGUCGACUAUUAAAGAAGGUGUUGACUAUUUCAUGUGUCCUUUGGAUAUUGAAGUGAUAACACAUGUUCACGAAAUUUUGCCCUCAUUGAUAAAUAAAUACUGUGAAAAAACGGAUUAUUAUAUUCCUCGAAAGAAUGAGUUAUGUUUAGGUUUGUACAAUGAUAAUUGGUAUCGCGCAGUAUGUUUAUCUCCAACGGGACCGACAGGUAAAUCUAUUGUAUUUUAUAUCGAUUAUGGAAACUGCGAGGAAGUUCCACACAAAGAUAUUAGACCAAUGAUUCAAGAUUUUUUAAUACCAUCUGCUCUUGCUAGCAUGUGCACUAUUGUUAAUUUGGCUCCAAAAGACGAAAAUGGAUCUUAUUCUUCUGAAGUAUUAAAAAGAAUUUCGGAAUUAAUUAAUCCCAAUGAAAUUUGUCUAGCUAAAAUCAUUGAUUUUGAUAGCGAAGGAAAUUAUAGGAUUGAACUUCCAGAUUUAUUCAAGAAAGAAAAAAAAAAAAAUAACGAAAAAGGAAACAAGAAGAAUAAUUCCAUCUUGCUGAUAAAAUAUCUUCCAGUCAAGAUAGUGCAAUAUAAAAAAUGUUUAUAGUUACCUUUUAAUUUUAUUUGUCAAAUAUAUUUAAGGAACUAAAUCGUCUUUGAUAGGCGAAAAAUUAGCUUUUCUUUAAACUUUAUUUAAAAAAAAAAAAUCAUUCAAGCUUCAAUUUCUUUUCAUUUUAAUCAUUCUUAUUCGUACUUUCAUUUAAAGAAAUAUAUAUUUUUGAAAAG